ACAGAGAUUCGGAGGCCAUCAUCCCAAACAUAUUUUUCUUCCUGGUGCUCCUUUCAUACGAGCGCUACCACUCCAAGCAGAUAAUCAGCAUCCCCAAGAUCAUCCAGCUGUGUGACGGUAUCAUGGCGAGCGGCAGGAAAGCUGUCACACAUGCCAUCCCAGCCCUGCAGCCAAUAGUCCACGACCUGUUUGUGCUGAGGGGCUCCAACAAAGCAGACGCAGGCAAAGAGUUGGAAACACAGAAAGAGGUGGUGGUCUCCAUGCUGCUCAGACUGGUGCAACACCAUCAGGUGUUGGAGAUGUUCAUCCUCGUGCUGCAGCAGUGUCACAAAGAGAAUGAAGACAAGUGGAAGCGAUUGUCAAGGCAGAUUGCUGACGUCAUUCUUCCCAUGAUUUCUAAGCAGCAGAUGCACCUGGACUCUCCGGAGGCGUUGGGGGUGUUGAACACUCUCUUUGAGACGGUGGCCCCCUCCUCUCUCCGACCUGUGGAUAUGCUGCUCAAGAGUAUGUUCACCACCCCGGUUACCAUGGCUUCCGUAGGGACGGUGCAGCUGUGGGUGUCGGGGAUCCUGGCGGUGCUCCGGGUGCUCGUCUCCCAGUCUACUGAGGACAUCGUCCUGUCCCGGGUCCACGAGCUCUCCCUCACCCCUCAUCUCCUCUCCUGCCACACGAUCCGCCGCCUGCAUCAGCAGAGCCCCUCCCCAAGCGACCCCCCCGCUGCCGACACACUCUGCAGCCAGGACGGUGAGGCACAAAAAGCCCUGCCUGAGGAAACCUUUGCCAGGUUAGUGACC